CCUUCUCCCAUCUUUCGCCGGCGGUCUCCUGCCAACUUCAUGUCACUUUCACUUUAGACGAACCACGAACCUCGAGAACUGCGCCGAGGCGUCAGUCGAUUCCCGAAUCACCCGAGUAUUAUUAAUCAGUAUUAGGUGCGAAACGGUAUAACGAACGAUGUGCGAUUGAAGAUAUCUCAUUCAGGCACGAGGCCGUAGCGAAUAAAACAGCGAAAUCAAAGCGAAGGCGCGUCCGUCCGAGCAUUGGGUGUUUUCUGUCGCGCUCUCUCUUUUCCGUAACGUGAUGUCAUUGUCAUUGUCUCGUGGCUUGCAACUGUCAAUUGUAUAAACGAUACAGUGGAAUUAAUUCUGUAAACAUCUGUGAAAUUUUUAACAGGAUAGGCGGUAUAACGCUCUAUUGAUCCGUCGUAUAUACAUAAUAAUAAUGGUUUAUUGGCUACCGAAGAAGCGUUUCAUGAGAAGUAACAAUAAAACGAUUUCUCACAAGUUUGUGGAAUUAAGUUUGAUCGAAGAAAGGACUUGCGACGAGAAAAUACUGUAAAGAAACAGUAACUACUAAUAGUCUACUAAAUGAUGUAUCUACUAUUAGUGGUGAUAGUACCAAUCGUCAUCCUUGAGAUUUGGUACAUGGGAAUAUGUUUAACUUGGACUAUGAAGGCAUCAGCACUGAUGUAUCUCAUUAUAUUUGGACUUUUACCAGUAAUUUUUCAUUAUUCUUAUAUGCUUCAAAAAAAGAUACUUUUUUUAAAUUUUGUACAUUGGCCACUUAAAAUAGAUUUUUCUGACCCAAAAUCAGUUGGAUUGGAAGGUGCUAGAAAUUUUUAUUUACAUACCGAUCAGCAAGUAAAGAUAGGUGCAUGGCAAAUAUUACCGCGAUCUUUGUUAAAUAAUUCCAUUCCUGUGACAGAUGAAGCUUACGAAGCAGUUUUAAGUAAUGCCGAACAACCUAUUUUUCUUUAUAUGCAUGGAAAUAGUGGCAAUAGGGCAAGUUCCCAUAGACUCGAGCUUUAUAAGCUUUUCCAAGACUUAGAUUAUCAUGUUAUAUGUUUUGAUUAUAGAAGCUAUGGAGAUAGUGACGUAGUUGAACUUUCCGAAGAAGGUGUAGUUAUGGAUAGCAAAUAUGUUCUUGAGUGGGUAAUGAAAAUUAAUGGUUCAGCUCCAGUUUUUGUUUGGGGUCACUCUUUAGGAACUGGAGUCUCGACACAUGUAUUAGAUCUGUUGGCAGCUGAAAAUAUGCAGCCAACAGGAUUAUUUCUAGAAGCGCCAUUCAAUAACAUACAGGAUGAAUUAACCGAACAUCCCUUUGCACAAAUGUUCAAGCACUUACCAUGGUUCCAUUGGAUGGCCGUUGAACCAUUUUAUAAGAAUAAUUUACGAUUUGAAUCUGAUAAACAUAUUACUAAGAUUGACUGUCCUAUUAUGAUAUUACAUGCUGAAGAUGAUGGUGUAAUUCCAGUUUUCUUGGCAGAAAAGCUUUAUCAAGCAGCAUUAGAUAGUUUUGGAAAUAAUACAAAUCGUAUCCAAAUGAUAAAAAUAGAUUCGUCUCAUGGACUUGGACAUAAAUAUAUUUGUAGAUAUGAGGAAUUACCUACUAUAAUUAAAAAAUUUGUCGCCAAAGCACACGAAAAUCGGACUGAGUAACUCUUGUCUAGAUUAGAAAGUUAAAACUGGAAAUUAUUUCGUAAUUUGAAAAUGUAAAUUAAGUCAUAAAAUUUAUAGUCGGAGAUUAUUUUAUUUAUAUAUGAAAAAUAAUACGUUUACAAGAUUAGAAUUCUAGUAAAAUACUUGAAAAAGUUGUAUGUUUUCAAUACUCUUUUGAAUGAUUUUGGUUUUUGUAGAAAAUUUUUGUUUUUAAGAAAAAUUUGUAUUUUUGAAUAUCAUAUUUCUAAAAAAGUUUGAUUCAAUAUCCUAGUGAUUAUAUGUUUAAUGUAAAAAAACUGUGAUGUCAAACGCUUAUAUUUUGCACUUAAUUGUAUCGUUUAUUUGAUUAUGUACUACUAAAUGUGAACAUUUAAAUAGUAUAUAAGCUUUCUAAAUGUGGUAUUAUACAAUAUAUGUGACACAUUCGCCUCAUAUAUUCACAUUCCUGUAUUUUAGGGAAAUAUACCUAAAGAUAUUGUAAAAAUUCUAUUAAAUAAAUAGAAACGUAUUGAUAACAGAUGUUCUAGCAACUUACAAUACAAUGAAGAUUGAAU